GACAGCUAAAAGAACUCUUUAUUUUGGGGUUAAUAUCCUUUAAGUAAAAAUGUAGGUUGAUUACAAUGGCUUGAUUCAGGUCAAAGCUUAAAAUUAAAAACCAACUUAGGCUACCAAUAUUAGUGUAAGUCUCUUUUUGAGCAAUGUUGUUGUGCGUUUGACCCUUAAGGGCCACCAUACAUUAGCUGCAUUCUGACAUUUACCAAACUUUCCAUUACACCUUAACGGUUAGAAUUCGGUCGUACUCACUUAGCUAAUGCUAUUAGCCGAGCUAAUUUAACUUGAAAAAACAGCUAAUUUAACUCACUUUAAAUGAUGUGUUAAUGACAAGGAACGUUUUGUCGCCAAAUUUAUAGUUUAUUUAUUUGUUAAAUGAAAAAAGCAACUUUUACCUGUCGAAAGUCAGACUUGAUGCUAACUGUUAGCUAGUUUUUAACCAUUUAAGCUAACGUCAGUUCAGUUUGGAGGACUGCCAGUGGAACGCAAUGAGGAAACGAGCGGUUGUGAAGGUAAUGACUAAUAUUUGAGUCAUACUGUAUCGUCAUAGCUGAAUUUGUAGACUCAGUACAGGCUUCUGGGUUAAACACAUACAUUGCUAAAGUGACACCGACGUUGGACUUCGUCACCCGGUGUAAAACACAUGCCGUCCUAUCCUUGCUCUCUUCUCUUUGGGGCGAAUUUAAUUGAUCCCGGCAAACCGUGACCACCCCUGAGGUGGCUUCCCCCUGAAUCCACAACGCUGAGCAUUUCAGCCUCUUUUUACACCUGGUACACUUAUUUUUCCAGAACACUUAUUCGAGAAUAAACCAGCGGGGAUCCAAACGACACCGGAGUAAUUAUCCCUGCAUUGUUGUGGAGGAAGCUCGGAGGAGGGGAUGGAUGCAAGCAAGCGAGCAGAGGCGCACCGAGGCAGCUUUCUGACAGACCCAGCUCCCCUGUGAUGCAGCUGUUUAUGCUGGCUGUGAAAAAACCCCGGACGCCCCGACGACUGCUCUUAAGACGUUAACGGGCGAGAAAUCAGCCUGCUAUUUGUUAUUCUGCACGUGUUGGGAUUGCAUAUGAAGAGCGGAGAAAGCCAUGUAGCCAGUGUACUCUCUGCCACAGAGAAUGCACCGCCGCUUUGAUUUUCUCUUUCAGAUUUCCCUUUUUUCCUCGCCGUGGUGAUUUGUCCGAUUGUUUUCUUCCUCCUCGACCGUGCUCUGUGUUUUUUUGCAGACCUGCCCAGUGCUUUUGCUUUUUGUUUUGAGCGUGGAAGCCAAAUAUCAACUCGGUGAUAUUACAAGAGUGUGCGAGGAGAGGACAGCGUUGGCAUCUAUCCAUGCGCGCUCCACACCGGGCUAUUUAUUAUGGAAGUGUGACCCCAGCCGAGGUACUACACACGCUUUCCCCCAUACUUUCUCCAAGUGUUUUCCAUUAAGGACCGGGUAUUUUGAGGAUAUCUUGGAUAAAAUGCUCUGAAUGUCGGGGUAUUUUGCCGGCUCUCAGUGACGCAACAUCUCACACAGACUGCAUGAGAAAUACAUGCGUAGAAGGGCGUGAACUUGCAGACACUAACCUCCUUGCCAUUAAUAAAGCAUCUGCCUGUCUAUAAAGCCACUUUCCUCCGUUUGCAAUCCCAUAGCCUUCAUUCAUCUAAACUCAUCCCGGGGACAUAAUGGAUCUCAAAGCGGACUCGGAGGACAUGGACUACAAGCGGCCGGCUCCCAUUGAAGUUUUCGCCAGCAGGUCCACGCUGCAUGGCAUAUCGCACAUGUUCACUUAUGAGCGGAUGUGUAUCAAGCGCACCCUGUGGAUUUUGUUCUUCCUGAGCUCCUUGGGUGUGCUGGUGAUGGUGUGCGUGGACCGGGUGCAGUUCUACUUCCAGUACCCUCAUGUCACCAAGCUGGACGAGGUGGCGGCUCCGCAGAUUGUGUUCCCCUCUGUCACCUUCUGCAACCUCAACUCCUUCCGCUUCAGCCGGGUGACGCGCAACGACCUGUACCACGCUGGGGAGCUGCUUGCCUUGCUCAACGGCAGGUAUGAGAUCCGGGACCCGCACCUUGUGGAGGAAAAUGUCCUGCAGAUCCUGAAGGAGAGGGCUGACUUCGACAACUACAAGCCCCGCCCCUUCAACAUGCGUGAAUUCUAUGACCGGACGGGCCACGACAUCAAGGACAUGCUGCUCUCCUGCUACUACCGAGGCAUGGAGUGCAGUGCCGAAGACUUCAAAGUGAUAUUCACGCGCUAUGGAAAGUGCUACACUUUCAAUUCAGGCCAAGAUGGACGACCCCUCCUGGUGACGAUGAAGGGUGGAAUGGGCAACGGCCUGGAGCUGAUGCUGGAUAUCCAGCAGGAUGAAUACUUGCCUGUGUGGGGAGAGACUGACGAGACAUCGUUUGAAGCAGGGAUCAAAGUUCAGAUCCACACCCAGGACGAGCCGCCGUUCAUAGACCAGCUGGGCUUUGGAGUGGCGCCGGGGUUUCAGACCUUUGUCUCCUGUCAGGAACAACGGCUGACAUACCUGCCUCCACCGUGGGGAGACUGCAAGGCCACAGCGAUGGACUCAGACUUCUUCAGCACUUACAGCAUCACGGCCUGCCGGAUCGACUGUGAGACGCGAUAUCUGGUGGAGAACUGCAACUGCAGGAUGGUCCACAUGCCCGGAGAUGCCCCAUACUGCACCCCGGAGCAGUACAAGGAGUGUGCAGAUCCUGCCUUGGACUUUCUCGUGGAGAGAGACAAUGACUACUGCGUGUGCGAGACGCCGUGCAACAUGACGCGCUAUGGGAAAGAGAUGUCUUUUGUCAAGAUACCCAGCAAAGCGUCAGCCAAGUACCUCGCCAAGAAAUUUAACAAGACAGAGCAGUACAUAUCUGAUAACAUUCUGGUUCUGGAUAUCUACUUUGAGGCGCUGAACUACGAAACCAUUGAACAAAAGAAAGCCUACGAAUUGGCAGGCCUUCUGGGUGAUAUCGGAGGUCAGAUGGGUCUCUUCAUCGGAGCCAGCAUCCUUACCAUUCUCGAACUCUUUGACUAUUUAUAUGAGGUGAUCAAGUACAAGCUGUGCCGAUGCGUGAAGAAGAAACACAAAGGCCGCAACAACAAUGACCGGGGAGCUGUGCUGAGCCUGGAUGAUGUGAAACGCCAUGCUCCUUGCGAGAACCUGCGUACCCCAUCGACAUAUCCUGGCAACAUGCUACCUCAUCACCCGGGCCAGGGCAACUUUGAAGACUUCACUUGCUGAGCAGACCCGGGUGGAGCAACGAAGUGCGUGUUAUGCAACCAAAGCCAACCAUACAACAAGAACUAUCCAGCACGGGGAGUGUGAGGAACUAAUACAAAGUCUAACAGAGGCACUUUUUACAUAGAAAGGGAGUAAAGCGGACAAAUCAUAUACGACAAAGAACUGUCACCCGAGGCCAAGUGGAGAGGAUUUCCCAAAUAUUAAAAAAAAAAAAUAUAUCUGUCAAUUUUCCGGAGAACAUUUCAUGCAGCACUCUAAACUCUUCUGUCUCUGUGUUUUCCUCUGGAAUACUGCCGCAAAGGAUGCUCGUGGAGGAGAACCUCGCCAACACGGACCUCUCUUUCAAAAGACAAAAAAAUAAAAAUGUAAAAAUAAACAAGGGAACAUGUACAGCUAUCUCACCAUCGACAGCAGAUCAUAAAAAGAGCCCUCCAUGCCUUUAUAUAACACAGCAGCAACAACAACACGAUGGUUUCACACAACACUGGCCUGCUAGUGGGACAAAUAUUCAUACUGCUUACUCCACUGUACAUGUAGCAACAUCUGUAACUGUUGCAGCGCUCCAUAGAACAACAGCUGGACUCUGUGUAGUUUGUACGAGAAUGUAUCUUUGUUCACGGUCGGUGUAGGUGGGUACGCAGGGAGAUGUUCGGGCGGCUUGUGGUGGCAGUGGGUAGUGGUAGAGGUGCAUCAUCUACCAUUUGAAAUGUACUGGUGAUGAUUUCAGGUCUCAUCAUGUAAAUGCAUGCUUGUACUUGUCCAGUGCAUGUUAUUCAUUUCAUCGUUUCAAUUAUAAUUUUCUUUACAUAUAUAUAUAAAUAUAUAUACUGUAUAUAUAUAAUAUAUAUAAACUAUAUAUACUGUAUAUAUACUGCAUAUAUAAAUAAUUACCAAGUUUGCCUCAAUGAUAUACAGUAAAGGGAGAUCAUACAUUCAAUAUAUUUCUGUGUGUGUGUGUGUGUGUGUGUGUGUGUGUGUGUGUGUGUGUGUGUGUGUGUGUGUGUAUGUCCACUUGUACUUGCUACAUAGUGGGGACCGAAACACGUUUUUAACCAACACAGUGAGGACAUCUUUGAAAAGUGAGGACAUUUUGGGCGGUCCUCACUUCUUCAAAAGCCCGUUUGAGGGUUAAGACCAUAGACUGUAUAAAAUAAUAGACACAGCUACCGUGACAUCGCACAUUGGUUUGUGGACUCCCAUUUUGAAGCCUCAAGUUUGGCAUUUUGGCCGUCACAAUCUUGUUUUUUCUUUUAUGGAGCCAGAGGUGACGAUAUCUGGAUGACAGGGGAUGAGAGGAGUUAGGGGAAUGGGGGAAAUAAUUAGCUAUUGAGACCAAAACCAUUUUUGUACCAGGCUGUAAACAUGUUCAUUUCUGCUCUCAAGUUAGAAAUUUUAACACAGGGGUCUAUGGGAAUUGACUGGCUUCUGGAGCCAGCCUCAAGUGGCCAUUCAAGGAACUGCAGUUUUUGGCACUUCCACGGUGGCUUCAUUUCUCAGCCCCAGAGGUUGCCGCUUCGUUGAGGCUUGUUUUUAAGGCUCAGCUUAGAAUUGGGUUUAGGUUAGGGUAAGGGUUUCGAUUAGACAUUGAGUUGUAAUGGUAAAGGUAAGGGGCUGGGGAAAGCAUUGUGUCAAUGAAUGUCCUCACAAAGAUAGGAGUACAGGGAUGUGUGUGAAAGUGUGUGGGCUCACGUGCCCUCAUCAGUACCCACACAGGUACAGCGUGUUUGUUGACUGUGCAGCGGAUGAGCGAGCUACACCUAAUUUCAUAUCUCAUCCGUUUGUUUUUUUCAUUUCCACAUGUGCCCGACGAGUCGAGGAGUCUUCAUUCAACUUCAUUAAACUCUUAUCUCGACUGCAGGACGAGGGGAGGUGGGUCUUUUUUUCAGGAGUUGAUUGCUGAAAUCCUUGGAGUUUUGUGGGGCUGUUAAAAAAAUUUCUGUAUCUGUGUUCUAGUUGCAAAAGUCUUAUCAAAGCACAAUACCGCCAGUAUGUAGAGGUGAUGUAAAAGACAACGUAAUAUUCUUCUUGAUAUAUUGUCAUAUUAUUAAUAUCGUGUUGAUCUGACUAUUUUCGGUUGUUUUUUUUUUUCUUUCUUUCUUUUAUAUAAAACAUACUCGAUAUUGCCUGAUAAUCCUGUCUCCAUCUUCCAGGCAAAAGGCUGGUCUAUUUAGUUAUCAAAGCAUAAAUAAAAUGUAAA